GGUUCGAAAAAACGUUGUUAUCAUUGCCGAGUAUUCAGACGCGCCGCCACCAAUAAUCGCCAUYAGCCGCUUUACAAACAGAUCCACACGAAAAAKAACGGAAUCACUCACCGGGGAAACGGCCGAAAGAGCGUGACCGAUCCGAACGUGAGAGUGUUGUUAUUCGUUUCAGAAAACGACAAAAUGGCAGGCGGCGUCAUACUCGAAAACUUGAGUGGAAAAAAGCUGUUCGUGCUCGUAUCUUCGUUACUCUUUUGCCAGCUUGCAUGUUUCCUGAUCGGUGGACUCGUAGCUCCGCCACCAUCCGCCACCGACAUGGUGUUGGCCUCUAAGUGUUUGUACAAUGACAGCAAUCCUUGGUCGUACAUUAGGGGUGAGGGAAAAUGCUUCUCAUAUCACUCAGACAUCUACGAAGAAAGCCCUGUUGCCAACACAAUGGCCAAUGACAUUAUAUUCACUUUUCAGAUACCUACUCCGCGCGAUGGUCAGACAUUGGAUUAUUCACGAUGGCAGCAGAAUCUCAUAGGAGUUCUCAAUUUCGACAUCGAGUACCAUAUUGGCACUAUAAUGGAUCGUAAUUUGGAGUUAACGUUAGAUACCAAACUUGGCUAUCGUAAUGUGGGUGACAAGGAUGGCGAUUGGAAAUUAUUUGCCAAAUCUGUUGAGAAGCGUAAUCUUGAUUGUGUUUCAGAAGAGAAAAUAGAUGGUAAUAAUUAUCAAUGUGGAUUAGUGCCGCUUUUUGAACUUGGAUCAUUACAUCACGAUUACUAUUUAAUCAAUAUUAAAAUACCUGUGGAUGAAGCAAAUGGAAUUAACUUUGGUUUAGGUCAUCUAAAGGAUGUCUGGCUUGUGGUUAUUAAUCAAAAUGGCGGAUUUACAAGUGUUUGGCUCUACAUGAAGACAAUAUUUUUUCCGUUUAUUGUUGCAAUAAUGAUAUGGUUUUGGAACAGAGUUCAUAUGUUAGCCCGUAAACCAGUUUUGCUUGAACGCAUGUUGAUGACUAUUGGUUUUGCACUAACUCUUUUAAAUCUUCCUGUUGAAUUUUUGACACUUAGUUAUGAUAUGCCAUUUAUGUUGCUUUUGCAAGAUAUAAGACAAGGUAUAUUUUAUGCCGCUUUACUUUCAUUUUGGUUAAUUUUUGCUGGUGAACAUUUAAUGAUCCAGGAUUCUCAACAAAAAAAUCUGCAGACAUAUUGGAAGCAUUUGAGUGCAGUUGCUGUUGGUUGUAUUUCACUGUUUGUAUUUGACAUGUGUGAAAGAGGAGCACAAUUAAAAAAUCCUUUUUACUCCAUAUGGGCAACCAAUACCGGCACAAAUUUAGCUUUAACUUUUAUAAUAUUAGCAGCAAUAUCUGGUGGAAUGUACUUUUUAUUCUUGUCAUACAUGAUAUGGAAAGUUUUCUGUAAUAUAAGUGCUCGGAGAUCAGCAUUGCCAUCCAUGUCAAACGCCCGGAGGUUACAUUAUGAAGGCAGUAUUUAUAGAUUUAAAUUUUUGAUGAUAGCUACACUAUUGUGUGCUGCCUUAACUGUAAUUGGAUUCAUAUUGGGACAGGCUUCAGAAGGACAUUGGAAAUGGAAUGAAACUAAUAAUCUAAACUAUGCAUCAGCUUUUUUGGUCGGAGUUUACGGAAUGUGGAAUAUUUAUAUAUUUGCACUCAUUGUCCUUUACUCUCCUUCUCAUAAACACUGGCCAUCAGAAAUUGAUGUGAACAACAGUUCGAGUGACACWAUUGAAUUUAGCCGUCUUCCUACUGAACCAACAGAAAUGUCGUCUCUGGCUUCAUUCUCUAGGAAAUCUGCUUUUGACUGAACAUCCAAAUGCCAUGACAUCUUCCUAUACCAUAAUUUUAAGUUUUUCAUGACAUUUUUUACUUUUAUCUUCAUUUAUUAUUUUUAGGUUUGCGAUAGACAAACACUGUWCAAUUACUAUUAAUUUAAACAUAAUAUCUUAUAUUCAACAGUAUUAUUUAGUAUUUUUUUUAUCAGUACUUUUUUAAGU